UGUUAGUGCAGCUCUCCAUCCAGUUGUCCCCAACCCCUCCCUCGCACACACGGUCCUCGAAAUGCCACAACGUCUUUGCUCGCGCGUGAAUCCUCCCUUCCCAAAUGGCCAAAUCCUACUACUGCCCCUGACCGACGAAUCGAUCCUCUUCCCUGACGGCAGCCGGGCACUCGUGCCUCCUUCCGCCGCCACCAGAGUCCUUGUGUUGACUGUUGUAGGUGUCCUCAUCCGCCGCGACUGCUCCACAGGGCUUGCUGUCGGAGUAGGGAUCCCUCCAUACUUCGACUGAUGUUCUUUAUUUCUCGUGAUCGCCAGCUCGUCACCUUCAACGCCAAGAAUAAAUGGCUGCUGGGAGGGGCGUGGGCAUCAGCCAGCUCUUGAAGAGAUAAGCAGAGCAUGGAUUGGAAGCCCCAAGCUAUCCCUGGCCACAUGCUGGCAUUCUUAGCUCUUAUGAUCAUGCAUCAAUAAGGCGUGGGCAUCAAGGUUAUCAACAAGUGUGUGCCUCCUGUCACUCGAUGUCCUUGAUUUCAUACCGGGAUCUGGUUGGUGUUGCCUAUACGGAAGAGGAAACAAAGGCAAUGGCUGCUGAGAUUGAGGUGGUCGAUGGUCCUAAUGAUGAAGGCGAAAUGUUCACACGCCCGGGUAAGCUAAGUGACCGUUUUCCACAACCAUAUGCAAAUGAGCAAGCAGCUCGUUAUGCAAAUGGUGGGGCAUACCCCCCAGACCUCAGUCUAAUCACAAAGGCCAGACACAAUGGCCAGAACUACGUUUUUGCUCUGCUCACUGGCUAUCGUGAUCCACCUGCUGGUGUUUCGAUUCUUGAAGGCUUGCAUUACAAUCCCUACUUUCCUGGUGGCGCGAUCGCGAUGCCCAAGAUGCUGAUGGAUGGAGCUGUCGAGUAUGAAGACGGAACUCCUGCAACAGAGGCCCAGAUGGGUAAAGACGUUGUCUCAUUCUUAUCAUGGGCGGCGGAGCCUGAGAUGGAAGAGAGAAAGCUGAUGGGAGUCAAAUGGAUUUUCCUGCUCUCGCUCGCCCUUCUGCAAGCUGCAUAUUACCGGCGCAUGAAGUGGUCCAUCUUCAAGUCUCGCAAGCUGGUCCUUGAUGUAGCUAACUGAGGCCUAAUGCCUCAUUUGUUCAACCAUCCAGUCGAUAAUUUGAAGUGUAUGGAAUAAUCCGUAUAUGUGUAUAUGAUAUACAUGCUGUUUCAUAAAAAAAAAGAUAUACAUGCUGCAACUGGCAUGGUACCCAUGCCUGAAAUGUAGAUUUCUUGGUUACCAUUACCCUUAGCCGUGGGGGUGCUGUUUUCGGAUUUUUGCCUGGUACCAGCAAGCAUACAUAGUCGAUAUGUUUGUCCUUUUGAACUCCUGUAAUUGUGAAAUAAAUUGUUUACGCUACUUCGUUUGCUA